CAUAACCACCACUAUUCUUAUUACAACGUAACAAAUGGGCGGGAAUGGAAGGGAAAGAUCAGUAAUCUUCGUAUAAAUGCCGGCAGUGUUCGUCUUGAAGAUGCAUAUUCUAUCUGAACAACUUCAAUUUAACAUUGCAGAUAUGAAAUUUUUAGUGAUUAGCUUAGCGUUACUUAGUUACGCAUCUGCCCAAUUUGGUGGUGCAUAUCGGCCAAGACCUUUUCCUACAACCCCUCAGCCACAAUUUCAACCUCAAUAUAGCACUGGUCCAUUCAUUGCUAUUCGAAGUCAAAGUCGAGAUUCUUAUCCUGAUGGAUCUUAUCAAUACAGUUAUGAAACAGAUAAUGGAAUUUCCAUGCAGGAAAAUGGAAGUCCUAAAGGACCAGCUGGACCAGAGGGUCCAUCAGAAGUUGUUCAGGGACGAUUUUCAUACACUGCUCCAGAUGGUACUCCAAUAGUACUGGAAUACUAUGCUGAUGACACUGGAUUCCAUGCCACAGGUGCUCAUAUUCCAACUCCACCUCCAAUUCCUGAAGCUAUACAACGUGCAAUUGCAUCACUUCCACCUAGCAACGAAGGCCAGUAUCGAGAAGAACAAUACAACAACCGUCAAUUCAACCAGAAUCAACCUUAUCGUCGAUUUUAAUUUUUUCAUGUUGCAGAAAC